AGACACGUUUAGAAUCGCGGCAAGGCUUGAUCACUCCUACGUGCGUUAAUUAUAUCUAUAAACAUACGCUACUGUAAAUUAUAAAUCGUUUCUCCGACGGAUAGACAACAAAUUAAAGUAUCGUUACUACGUCUCAAUUAUCUUAACCUGAUCCCACAAUCUUGAUGAAUCUGUUAAUUAUUUCGAUUAUUAUAAUCCUUUUUCGUGCUGCUAUCUAUAGCAAAUUCAUUCAUUAUUAUGAUUCGUCCGUCAAGCCCGUUUAAAAAUUGAUACAUGUACGUACGUGUGUGCAGUAAAAAUCCGCGUUUAUAUUACUUCGUUCAAUCAGUGUCGGAUCUAUAUCCGAGUGUAUAUCAAUCGGAGAUCUUCAAGAAUCCAGUCUAAGAAUGGCUGCUUGAACACCGCGGCUAAAGAAAUCACGGAAGGAUAUAAUUAUUAUGCAGUUCAGUUAAUGUCGAUGAGCUUCGUCUAAGACCUGUCGUCGUCAUAUCGAAAUAAAAAUCCCACUGAGAGAAUUUUAUUUCGGUAGCAAGUCCACGGUUCUUUUUAUCAACAAUCUAUUUAUAUAAAUAAUCUCACGGCAUAAUUGAACUGUACCAGUCGAAUCCAAUUGGUUGUUCAAGUUUACGAUUUCGAGAUAGAAUUGUUUUCCUGCUUAAUAACUUUAGCCAGUAUGGCUGUUCCGCAAUCACCGUCAAUGUCUGAACGGACACCAUUUUCUCCUGGGAGAUCUCGCCGGCGUAACAGACCGACAAAGUUUGAGUUUAAGUUAAAUUGUCCUACAUUGGAAUAUGACCUACCUAUUGGAAUGAUUCCCUUUGAAUCUCAGGUUGGAGGUCAUGCGUUUGGAGAUAAAAAUGAUACCAUCGGCAUGCUGAAGAGUGGAGAUGGUCUCAUCUAUAAACCGAUUGAAAAGCCUCUACUUGGUGAACGAGAAAUUAUGUUUUAUGAAAAGCUGCAAGACACUACAGAUCCCUUAAUGCUUGAGCUCCGUCAAUUCACCCCACAGUAUUAUGGAACAAAAGAACUAAAGCUUGGUGACAAAUAUAUCAAAUUUCUGAUACUAAAAGAUUUGACCGAGGGAAUGUCUGAACCAUGCGUAAUGGACGUAAAGAUUGGUCGACGAACUUGGGAUCCAUUGGCCGGGCCGGCUAAAAGAGCUGGAGAGGAAAACAAAUAUGCCGAAUCCAAGAAUGAAUACGGUUUUUGUAUACCAGGAUUCCAAGUGUGUAGACUCUCUACUGGUUUUAUAAAAAAAUAUGACAGAGACUAUGGCAAAAAACUAGAUAAGCAAAUGGUUGUCGAAGCAAUGGAAUUAUUCCUCAACGCCAAGCCAGGACAGCCACCGUGCCGCAAUUUAAUUAUAAAAUUACUAUCUACACUGUGGAAAAUUUUGGCCUUUUUUAGAUUGCAAACUAAAUUUAGGUUCUAUUCAAGUUCCAUAUUACUUGCAUAUGAUGCAAAACGUUUACGGCAACAAUCUAGUCCUGUUAAUGCUAAAACAUCCAAUAAUAAUGGUUCGCCAAAUGCUAAUAGUUACUUCAAUUUAUCUCCAAUUGCGAGAUCGCCGUCCUUGAAAUUGAAUGUUCGACCAGUGCUCUCUUUGGGCGAUGCAGGAUUUUCUGGCCAACUGACAGAGAGUGGGCCUGUUUUCGAGAAAACACUCAACAGUCACUCUCCAAUCGCUACUCCAACGAUGUCGCCAAUUUUUAUGAGAAGAAACAAAAGUAAAUCAGUGAAACGAUCCCACAGCCUCAAGAGAAGUGAUAGUCUAAAAAGAUCUGAAUCCUUUCAUCAUCCUCCGAGUCCAAACAAUUCACGAGAGCCUAGUUUAGUGAGAAAUGACUCAAGCGGAAGGAGCAUGAAUAUUGUCGUUGAAAAAUUAUGCCGUACACAUUCUUACAUAAACAAUUUCGACAAAGAUAUUAUUAAAAUGAAAGAAGAUUAUGCGAAUUUGCUCGAUGAGCUCACUACAACCCCUGAAGAGAAGCAAAACUGGGUUCGAGUAAACAUGAUCGAUUUUGCUCACGUUUUUCCUGCAGAGAACGAUGGUUUGGAUACUAAUUAUCUGGAGGGAAUACAGAACCUAAUUAAAUUGUUGGAGAGUUUUUUGACACCAGAAUGAGGUGUGCAUAUUACUAUCACUAUUUAUUAUUACACCCUGGUAAUAUGCAUGUUCCGGAUAAGCUAGCUUUAUUCUCAUUCUCCAAUGCAUGAAAAGUUAGUGUGAUACGAUCAUAAGCUUAUAAGUAACCUAAAAGGACCAUUCAUAACUCAAGUACUGUUAUUAGUGUAAAUUAUAUACACAGACUUUAGGGAAUAUAUGAAAUAAAAUAUUUUAAU